AUGACUUGUCCCUUGUCAUGGGUGGGCGGGUUAAGGGUGGCACGCCUGUUUCCAGAUGUUGUCCUUAAGGCCUUUGGAAAGGCUUAUCCUGCACAUAGAGUUAUCCUAGCGUCGCAGAGUGCUUACUUUGCAACGCUGUGGUCGUGGGUUUCUUGGCAACCAGCCUCUGGGCGAGGCUGUUACGCAGAGGAGGAAUGGUCAAGCCUACCUUCCCAUGACCUAGUGCUGGGCGAGGAUGUAACGCAGAAAGGAUUCGAGUGGAUCCUCGAGUAUUUUUACGCAUCGCCAACCGUGAUCAUCACCAGCGAGAAUGCCUUUGACGUGCUCGCAGCGGCACACUACCUGGGAGUUAUCGCCGUACAGACGGCUUGCGUGGAAUUCGUGGCCCAGCACCUUGACCCCCACAACUUGGCAGCGUGCUUGCUAUGGGCAACACGUGCCGACCACGGCGAGGCAUCCGACAUGCUGGCGUCCUCAUGCCGACGCCUCCUGGCGCUGCGCCUGCCACAGAAUCUAUCAGCCUGGGCGCCCGCGCUCGCCCGCAUUGAGCCCAGAAUCUUGCUGGACAUUAUGUCGUCCGACCACCUUGCCGUACCGACGGAGUACGACAGGUACGAGUUAGUGAAAGAGGUGGCUAAAAUCUGCGCCGCUGCAGCGGCUGCAGCUCCUUCGGGCGCGCUGGCGGCGGCGGCAGCAACUACAGCAGCGGAAGAGACGGCAGGAGGCGGAGCUGAGGGCGGUGCAGACGGAGCUAUCGGAGCGGGUGGGGAUGGCCACAGCGGCGGCGGUGCCUCAGGAACGCUGGAGGUCCAGCGCAUGCUUACCUCGGCAUUGCGGCUCUCUGAUGAGGGCUUGGCAGGGCAUUUGGAGUUAGCCCGUUCCUGCUCGUCUGCCGGGUUGCCCUGCCCUGGGCUUCCACCUACCGUUGCAGCAGCAAAGGAGCCCGCCACUGCCGCUGCUAGCGCCAGUGCCGCAGUGGACUGCACGUUGCCCCGUCGGUGCCUUUCCUCCUCUGCAAGCCUGGGUUCAGUGGCCGGUGAUGCUGACAGCGACGCUAGCUUGGUCGGUAGCGCAAGUCCGGCGGCAAGUGCCUUGGGGACGUCCUCGUCAGAGUGCACGAGUGUGGACGUUGCCAGUGUGCUAACGAGCAGCCAGGCGUCUAGCCGGAGCACGCUGCGGCUAUGCGAGCUCGCCGUUCCAACGACUCCGGAGGAGCACCGGAUUGAGGAUGCGGUCACAGACACGGCUGGUAAGGCGCCUUGCAAGAAUGCAACGGUAGUGGUUGCGACGGCUGCAGUGUCGUCGCCGCCACUGCGUUCUCAUAAAACCCAAGGCAGUAACGACAGCUCGGACGUCGUGGACGUGCCGCAGAGGGCGAUUUCGAUGGUAACCGCGGGGUCUUCUGUCGCAGCGACAACAGCAGCGGCGGCCGUAGCUGCGUGCGCACGGAUGCUGCUUCAUGAAGCCGUACGGUAUGAGCACCUUACUGUGCCGCAGUUGAUGGCAGUUAUGGGGGAAGGGCUGGUACCUGCGAACGUGCUGCACACAGCUUUGUGGGAACGUACGCGGCUUGACGUCGAAGUCCAUGCUCGAUCGAGCCAGGCUGCCGCCGCAACAGGCGAGCGAGCCGGCACCCACUCCAUUGCUGGAGGUGCGGGAGGUGGUAGCAGGAGCGGACGAGUGGACGCUGCAGAGGCUGUACCGGUCGGUGCUCUGGUGCGACCGCUUCGUUUUCGAGCGUUUCGCAUGUGUUGGCGCCUGCCAUGCGGGGCGCUGCGGAAGCUGCAGCCCAAGGACGUGUUGCAGUCCGAUUUGCACCAGCACGCGGGGUCGCUGUGGCACCUACGUGUCUGCUGCAGCGACCGCUCGCGCGACCAUCUGGGGCUGUUCGUGGGGCGCCACCUGGCAGGUGCUGCUGUGGGAAAUGCGACCGGCUUGUUGCGGCUGUGGCAGGGCGCGCGCCUUUCGCCAGCGAGGCAGAUGGAGCCCGCAGGGCGAGAAGCUGGAGGACAGCAACCGCACCGGCUUCGGCCCGGUCGGCGCGGCCGUCUCCAACCUCCGCAGGAGCAUCCGUUGAUUGACCCGGUGCCGCCCCCGCCAAUGCAGCAGUGGCAGCAACGGCAGCAUGCCGCGUUGUCCAGGCCGUUCUUCGCCUACACAGACCAAAACGCGUCGUUGCGGGGCCGGUGCCGGCUUUCCGUGUUUCAGUCCGAUAACACAGCGUUGCAGGGCCGACUGUGUCUGGGGGACACAGGCGAUUUCACGGCUGACUUCGCGGCGGGUGGCUACUUUGGGCAGGGCCAGCUGAUUGCCCGGGCUGACCUGGCGCGGCUGCCGGACGAGCAGGAGAUGCUGGUGUUCAUGUCGCUGCAGGUCCCCGUCGAUACGGCGGAGUAG